UUAGGCCUGCAACUGGACAUGUGCCCGUAACAAGUAUUGAACCUGGGACCCUUCAGUCCGCAGUGCGACAAUCUAUCCACUGAGCCAUACCUGCUUGAGCAACCUAUGUUUUUGACACCCACUCUAUUGAUUAGAGUCAGUGUGGCUCACAUGAGAGGUCCAGAAUUCAGGAUAUGAACUUUGAGGAUGUAGCCAUUGCCUUCUCUCAGGAGGAGUGGGGGCUCCUUGAGGAGGCUCAGAGACAUCUGUACUGCGAUGUGAUGCUGGAAGUGUUUGCACUUGUGUCAUCUGUAGGUUGUCGGCAUAAAAUGGAUGAUAAGGAGGCCUGUUCUGAGCAGAGUGUAUUUAUACAAGGAGAGUCACAGGUCAGGGCUUCUAAGACAGCUCCAGCCACUCAGAAGACCCAUCUGUGUAAGCGGUGUUUCUCUGUGUUGAAAGAUAUUUUGCACCUGACUGAGUCACAUGCAGCACACUUUGAGCAGAAAGCCUUCAUUAGUGACGCAUGUGUUGGAGACUUCUGUUUCAGUGGAAACCCUCACCAGCAACAGCGGAAUGAAUGCAGGGAGGAGCCCUGGAAAGAAGCUAUGGACGGGGCCUCCUUUGUGAGCAGGUGCAGCUUCUCCUUAUCUUCGGUGCCUUCAACCAGCAGAGAGGUUGGGAAAGACUUGCGAUACAACUCAGAGCUUCCCCAGCACCAGGUCACUCUCAACACUGAGGAGCUGCAUUGCGGCAGUGAGAUUUCACAGGAAUUUCUUGAUGGAAAAAGUCAUCACCAGUGGGGUGAAUGUGAAAAUGUUGGCAGCGACAACUGGAAUGUUGUUCAAUGUGAGGGUGUCUCUUCUGGAGAACUGAUUUAUGAGUGUAACAAAUGUAGGAAAGUGUUUAGACAAAACUUUAACCUCAUUCGACAUAAGAGAGUUCACACUGGAGAAAAGCUGUAUGAGUAUAGUGAUUGUUGGAAAUCUUUCAGACAUAAGUUUAACCUCAAUCAACAUGACAAAGUUCACACUGUAGAAAAGCCAUAUGAGUGUAGAGAAUGUGGUAUGUCCUUUCGUCGAAGGGCUUACCUCAUUAGACACCAUAGAGUUCACACUGGAGAAAAGCCGUAUGAGUGUAGAGAAUGUGGGAUGUCCUUUCGUCGAAGAGGUCAGCUCACUGUACACCUCAGAGUUCACACUGGAGAAAAACCCUAUGAGUGUAUACAAUGUGGGAGGUCCUUUCGUCAAAGGGCCCAACUCACUGCACAUAUCAGAGUUCACACUGGAGAGAAGCCAUAUGAGUGUAAUGAAUGUGGGAAGUUCUUCAGAGAAAGGGCUACACUCAUUAACCACUAUAGAGUUCACACUGGAGAAAAGCCGUAUGAGUGUAGAGAAUGUGGGAUGUCAUUUCGUCUAAGGGCUCACCUCACUUACCACCUCAGAGUUCACACUGGAGAGAAGCCCUAUGAGUGUAGACAAUGUGGGAUGUCCUUUCGUCAAAGUGCUCAACUCACUGCACACCUCAGAGUUCACACUGGAGAGAAGCCAUAUGAGUGUACUGAAUGUGGUAAGUUCUUCAGUAUAAGAACUACACUCAUUAAACACCAGAGAGUUCACACUGGAGAAAAGCCAUAUGAGUGCAGUGAUUGUGGAAAGUUUUUUAGUGAUAAGUCUUACCUCAAACAACACCACAGAGUUCACACUGGAGAAAAGCCCUAUGAGUGUACCAAUUGUGGAAAGUUUUUCAGUGCAAAAACUAAACUCAUUAAACACCAGAGAGUUCACACAGGAGAAAAGCCCUAUGAGUGUACUGAUUGUGGAAAGUUCUUCAGUGAAAAAACUAAACUCAUUAAACACCAUAGAGUUCACACUGGAGAAAAGCCGUAUGAGUGUAGAGAAUGUGGUAUGUCCUUUCGUCGAAGUGAUCACCUCACUGUACACCUCAGAGUUCACACUGGAGAGAAGCCAUAUGAGUGUACUGAAUGUGGCAAGUCUUUUAGGCAAAACUCUAGCCUUAUUCAUCAUUUGAGAGGUCACACUGGAGAGAAGCCAUAUCAGUGUAGUGAUUGUGGGAAGUCCUUCAGUUAUAAGUCUCAUCUCAAACAACACCAGAGAGUUCAUACUGGAGAAAAGCCGUAUGAAUGUAGACAAUGUGGGAUGUCCUUUCGUCAAAGUGCUCACCUCACUGCACACCUCAAAAGAGUUCACACUGGAGAGAAAUGUUAAACAUGCAGGGAAUGUUUUAUUUUUCUCACUUAGAAUAACAACACUGAAGGAUACUCUUUAAGACCUGUUUUCCUGAAUUAAAAUCCCUUUUAAUGGGAAAUACACUCUUCUAGAUUCCUGCUAAGUUUCUGGUACAAGUGAGGCUUGAAGGAGCUGCAUUGCACUUGCUAACAUGCCCAGAUCUAAAGCCCGAUUGAUUUUUGGUUGAAGAGAUUUCACCUGGCUCACCUGAAGAGUGUGUAUCAGUCCCAACCCCUGCAUUCUCAAGUUAAAUGUAUUCUGUUCUCACGUGUCACGUGUGCUUGAGAAAAUUAUGAUUACUCCAGCUCUUGACAGGAUCUUCAUUCCUUUCUCUCUGACGAGGGAAUGGACCUGACCAGGGGUUCUUCCAGGGCACCCAUCCUCAGCUAAGAAAUGCUGCCUCAGCCACACAGUGAUUCUCUCUCAUUGAUGUUUCCAUUUCCCUCUCCCUUCCUCUCUGAAAUCAAUAAAAAUAUAUUAA